AUGCAUAUAUUUUGUCCCCACUCGUCUGCGUGUUCAGAUUUCUUCCGUCAUUGUUCAACUCCAGCUGGUGUCAUGGGGGCUGACGUUCAGGGACAGUGGCACGUUGCCAAUGGCUUGGUGGGACCGACAUCCCAGAAUGUCCACCGCCAGCGCAAGCGCAAGCGCUCUCCUGCUGAAACACCGAACGCCAAGGCACAGCAAAUUCCAUUUUUACUUUCGGGAGCUCGAGAGCAGGACGAGCCGAUCGACUAUUACACGGUUCAACCCCGCCAACAAUGGGACGAAAUGGACCGAUAUAAGAGCUUCGUCGUCAAGGACCAGAGGUUCCAGUGUGGAAACUUCGUUCUGGUUGCUAACGAAACGACUCGAGAGAGAACGAACAACGCCCGAGACUCGAAGCAGAUGACCGACGAGUCGAGACGUCCUUGGAUCGCCUACAUCCUAGAAAUCAGAGCUGCUGAUGAGAAUAGUGUGUUUGCUCGGGUUUACUGGAUGUAUUGGCCAGAUGAGCUGCCGCCAGGUACGUUCAACGGCAAGAAAUGCAUCCAAGGACGCCAGCCAUACCACGGCCACAACGAGCUCAUAGCAUCCAACCACAUGGAUGUCAUCAGUGUGUUGUGCGUCGAGGGGCCUGCAUCUGUGAAACAAUGGACGGAAUCCUCAGAUGACGGUCUCGAUUCCGAGUACAUUUGGCGACAGAUAUUUGAUUGCCAUCAGAAACGACUCACGUCCGCCGAACCAAUUUGUAGCUGCGGGCUUCCUGCUAACCCACACCGACGCACCAUCGGUUGCUCAGCAUGCGGCAUGUGGUUUCAUGAAUGGUGCCUCCUUCGGGACACUCUUGGGCGUCUUCGAAAUAGACUACAAGACUACAAGGGCACUCUCCCCGGGAAAUGGUCGAGAGCCAACGGGAGUGCGUGCCAGGGCGGUCUACGUUGCUCCGAUGCGGAGACGGAUGACCGGGAGACGCUUGCCACGACGUCAAAGGAUAUGGAUAUCCUAGAAUCUAACAUGUCCCGAUUAUUGGCGCAGUUACUGGAGCCCCAGGACAGGGACGACCAGACCGAGACGGUUGCGCGGGAGCCCAAUCCUUACAGAACCCUACCGCAUCCGUUCGAGGCCGAGCUGAAGUUAGAUGAGCUGCAGUUCACUGUUCAGGCUGCGGCGGCCCCAUGA